GAAUUUGAAGAAAACAUCAAAACAACAACCUGGGGCUGGGUGAAAAUUCAAACACAUUUUAGUUUUUAAGUUACAUCCAAUUCAAUCGUUGUUUUCGAGAAAUUAUUGUUCCCGCCAGCACACAAAGAGAGCCUGUGCAGACCUGUAUGAAGGGAGCAGGGUGAACAACGAGCAAAUAACUUUUGCCCGAGCACGGAGCACAGGAGCAGCAGGAGGAGGAGGAGCAGCGGCGGACAACUGAAGGCACUGCUUAGCGAAUGUGGAAAGGAAGCCGGCACCAUUAGGUCGACAAACCCAAGUCGGUCCCGCACGGCAGCGGGCCCACAUCAGGCCACCGCUCGCCGCUCGCUGGCGCUGAGCGAGGAUCAGCAGAGGAUCCAACAGCAGCAGCAGCAGCAGCAACAGCAGCGGAACAGGGGGCGGGAGCGUGAGCGGGAGCUGGAGCGGGAUCUAGAGCGGGAACUGGAGCGGGAUCGUGAACGGGAGCGAGAUAGGGAAAGGGAACGAGAACUGGACCAGCAGUAUCGUUACCAUAUGCAAGGUCGCAAUCCCCGCCAGCAGCAGCCGGAACCCCUAAACAAUCUUAACGUCAAUGGCAACCGUUACAGUCGCAUUGUGGCUGGAUCCAAUAACUUUCAUCCGAUAGGCAGUGGAAGUGGCAACGUCAACAGGGAAACUGCCGACACCGGAGCCUCGAGCGGUGCCUUGCGUAUGCCCAGGCACUCUGUACUACAGGGCAAUACUUCCUUUCAAUCGCAACAACAACAGCAGCAGCAGCAGCAGCAGCAGCAUCAGCAUCACCAUCACCAUCAACAACAACAACAACAACAUCAGUCACUGGCAACGCCUUGGCAGAAUACAUUUGAGAGGCGCCACCAUGUCGCCAGAACGGGUCGGGCGAGAGCGGAGAAUAGUUCGGCAACAGGACUUUCUCCUACGCCCACGCCCAACCCAGUUACAGCGCCGCCUCCCGCUGCUGCUCCCGCUUCCAUUGACAGCACAAUCGCGAAAGCCAACGGUCGUGAUAUCAAGGAUAUUGCGGAGGGCCCACGUCCAAAGGACAUCGUACGCAAGUACCCGCUGUGGCUGCCCGAAUACAAGCGAAAGGCCUUCAAUGCCUCCAUGGACGAAAAGUACGUGGAGACGAUUUGGGCCAGCCUGAAGAACGCUAUCCAGGAGAUACAGAAAAAGAACAAUUCCGGGCUGUCAUUCGAACAGCUCUAUAGAAAUGCCUACAACAUGGUGCUGCACAAGCACGGCAACAGACUAUACUACGGGCUGAGAGAGGUUGUUUCCGAGCAUCUGGAGCAUAAGGUUAGAGCGGAGGUCCUGGAGAGUCUGCACAGCAACUUCCUGCCCAAAUUGAACCAGGCCUGGACGGAUCAUCAGACCUCUAUGGUGAUGAUACGCGACAUACUCAUGUACAUGGACAGAGUCUAUGUGCAGCAGCGUGAGGUGGACAAUGUGUACAAUCUGGGAUUAAUUUUAUUCAAGGAUCAGGUGGUUCGAUAUGGCGAAAUCCAAAAGGCCCUGCGGGAGAAGCUGCUGGGCAUGGUUAUGGAGGAGCGACAUGGCGAGGCCAUUAACCAUUUGGCAAUUAAGAACGCCUGCAGUAUGCUAAUCACAUUGGGCAUCAACUCUCGCACCGUCUACGAGGAGGAUUUUGAGAAGCCGUUCCUUGCCCAGUCGGCGGCCUUUUACAAAUUCGAGUCGCAAAACUUUCUUGCCGAGAACAACGCUGGCGUUUAUAUCAAGAAAGUAGAGGCCCGCAUCACGGAGGAAUCGUCAAGGGCAGCGCUCUAUCUGGACAAGGACACCGAGCCGCGAAUUGUGCGCGUCGUCGAGGAGGAGCUGAUCAAGAAACAUAUGCGUCCCAUUGUCGAAAUGGAAAACUCGGGCGUUGUGUAUAUGAUCAAGAACUCAAAGACCGAGGAUCUGGCCUGCACAUACAAGCUCUUCUCGCGCCUCAAGGAGGAGGGCCUCAAGGUGAUAGCGGACACCAUGUCGGCGUAUUUGCGAGAGCAGGGACGCAUGCUGGUCAAGGAGGAGGAAAACGGCAACACGAACCCCAUUACAUUCGUGCAGAACCUGCUAGAUCUCAAGGAUCGCUUCGAUCAGUUUCUGGUCCACUCAUUCGCCAACGAUCGCAUCUUCAAGAAUGUCAUCUCGUCGGACUUUGAGCAUUUCUUGAAUUUGAACAACAAAUCCCCAGAGUAUCUGUCACUCUUCAUCGACGACAAACUGAAAAAGGGCGGCAAGGGAAUGAGUGAGCAAGAGAUCGAGUCCAUACUGGAUAAGACCAUGGUUCUCUUCCGUUUCCUGUUGGAGAAGGAUGUCUUUGAGCGCUAUUACAAGACGCAUUUAGCCAAGCGACUGCUGCUAAACAAAUCAGUCUCUGAUGAUUUCGAGAAGAACAUGAUAUCCAAACUAAAGACUGAAUGCGGCUGUCAAUUCACCUCGAAGCUAGAGGGCAUGUUUAAGGACAUGUCCGUCUCCAAUACGAUCAUGGAUGAGUUCAAGAACUAUGUAAAUAAUAACAAUUUAUCCCUGGGCGGUGUUGAGCUAACGGUACGCAUACUAACCACUGGAUUCUGGCCAACACAGACAGCGACUCCCAAUUGCAACAUACCCGCCGCACCCCGCGAAGCCUUUGAUAUUUUCAAAAACUUUUAUCUAAACAAGCACUCAGGACGUCAGCUAACGUUACAGCCUCAAAUGGGCACUGCCUAUAUAAACGCUGUGUUUUAUGGCCGGAAAGCAGCCGACAGUGACAAGGAUAAGGAUGCACCCAGCUCCAGUUCGAGUGGGUGUCCAGUGCCCACCACAACACGCAAGCACAUACUGCAGGUGUCCACAUACCAGAUGUGCGUGCUGCUGCUGUUUAACAACCGCGAUGUGCUCACCUACGAUGACAUCCAUCAGGAGACGGAUAUACCGGAGCGAGAGCUGGUUCGAGCCCUCCAGUCGCUGUCCAUGGGCAAGCCAGCUCAGCGCUUGCUGGUGCGCAAUUCCAAGACGAAAACCAAGGACAUUGAGCCGACGGAUGAGUUCUAUGUGAACGAUGCCUUUGUCUCAAAGUUCCACAGGGUAAAGAUUCAGACGGUGGCUGCGAAGGGCGAAUCGGAGCCGGAGCGUAAGGAGACGCGCGGCAAGGUCGAUGAGGAUCGAAAGCAUGAGAUCGAGGCGGCAAUUGUGCGCAUCAUGAAGGCGCGCAAGCGUAUGGCGCACAAUUUGCUGGUCUCGGACGUCACGUCGCAGCUCAAGUCGCGCUUCUUGCCCUCGCCUGUGUUCAUCAAGAAGCGGAUCGAGGGCCUCAUCGAGCGCGAGUAUCUGCAACGAUCGCCCGAGGAUCGCAAGGUGUACAACUACUUGGCCUAAGCGGCGCAAGCGCAUGGGAUCUGGAUCGAACUCAUCUCCAAAAACGCAACGGCAACGGCAGCGGACGGACAGCAGUGCAGCAAUAACAUUUUUUUGACCAAGAUUUUGUGGAUGACCUCUCUCUCCAGACAACAAGCCCGAAAGAUAGUGUUAACCAAUGCAGGAGCGCCCGCCAGAAAUGUAAAAUUCACUUUUGCAAGCCACAAUUUAUCCGAGAAUGCCAUUCAAAAUUGAACAGUUUAAAAUGCUAUUGGAUAGAUAGGGCGAUACUCCGCCUCACAGUAACAUACAUAUUAUCCCUCUAAUAUAAUUCUUAAUUCUCUAA